AUGGCAAAAACGCGAAUAUGUCAAAAACGCCAAUAUGUGAGAAACGCAAAUAAGGGAAAAACGCAAAUAUGUGAAAAACGCAAAUAUGGGGAAAACGCAAAUAUGGGCAAAACGCAAAUAUGGGGAAAUCGCAAAUAUGAAAAACGCAAAUAUGGGAAAAACGCAAAUAUGGGAAAAACGCAAAUAUGGAAAAAUGCAAAUAUGGGGAAAACACUAUUAUGGGGAAAACGCAAAUAUGGGGAAAACGCAAAUAUGAGGAAAAAGCAAAUAUGGGGAAAACGCAAAUAUGAAGAAAACGCAAAUAUGGGGAAAAGGCAAAUAUGGCAAAAACGCAAAUAUGGCAAAAACGCAAAUAUGGAGAAUACGCAAAUAUGGAAAAAACGCAAACAUGGCAAAAACGCAAAUAUGGCAAUAAUGCAAAUAUAG